AUGGUUCUGCUGGUGGCAGUUGCAGAAGUGAUGCUGGUCCUCGGUUUGGCUGUGGAAUCAGACUCUCUCUGCUCACCCACUACCUUUUAUAAAAACUGCUGGAUCCGACGCUUCCCAGGUCUUCUGAUUGACCUGCGGGAAUCGCAGAAGAGGGGAGCCCAGGUGCUGAAGAUUUAUGCAGAAGUCUCACCCCAACAGUGCAGCAGAACCUGCUGCCUUCUGAGGAAUGUUUCCUGCAAUCUAGCAGUGUUCUACCAUGUAGCUAUUCAUGAGAAUAUGAACUGCCUGCACAUGUCUUGCCCAGCGUUGGAAAGUUGCAUACUAAAGGCUAGAAUCAAUGCCAUUUUGUACAACAUCACAACAGGGAUUGAUCCAGAUCUUCUUAUUUUUGAAAAACUGACAACCAAAGAGCCAAAUACUCACUCCUCAAUGAAUAAGUAUGAAAGGCAAAACAGCACAAAGGCCACCGAGUGGGAAAGAUGCCAGCAUCGUAAUGCCACAUCAAGUUCUCUUCUGCUCCAAGCUCCAUCUUCUACCACUAGCCAUGGCCUAACCACAAACACUUACACCUCCAGUACAAGCCUGACUGUCCAAAAAACUGAAGUUCCUACUUAUUCCAGGGCAGGAAUUUUUCCACCGGAUGAUCAUUUUGCUAAGAGAACAAGCACAACUUCAGAAAGCACAAGGUCAAUCACCAGCUCACUCAAGAAGACUGUACACUCGACUCUGCUUUCCAAGUCUGACGAGGUAUUAUCCCACGUGCCCACUCCUCCUCAUCUAAACAGCAGUAAGCAGCACUUAAAUGAAACCAAAGGCUACAGUGGCCGGAAUUAUACUUCAGAUAAUGAGACACCUGCUUGGGAAGCUGCAGCUUUGGGUAUCUGGUUGAUUCCUGUUAUUCUUUGCUCCUCUCUCAUCUUCCUUUGCUGUUGUACUGUUGCUUUCACAGCAGGUCGUUGCAAAAAGAGGAGAGGUCAGUAUAGGCCCAUAAGGAGAAGAACAACAUCAAGACAGUUCAUAAAAUAUACUACUGUCAAAGGUAUUUUGUGA